UGUAAUUUUGUCACGCAGGUCUUUGUGGAAACCCUGGACAAAUGCUUUGAGAAUGUGUGCGAGCUGGAUUUAAUCUUUCACAUGGAUAAGGUUCAUUACAUUCUCCAGGAAGUUGUCAUGGGCGGGAUGGUUCUGGAAACGAACAUGAACGAAAUAGUUGCCCAAGUGGAGCUGCAGAACAGGAUGGAGAAAUCAGAGGGUGGGCUGUCUGCCGCACCAGCACGAGCUGUUUCUGCAGUGAAAAAUAUGAACCUUCCUGAAAUACCCAGGAACAUCAAUAUUGGAGACAUUAAUAUAAAAGUGCCCAGCCUUUCCCCGUUUUGAGCUUGCAUGUCUGAUCAUUGUGUUUUUUUGUGUGUUGUUAUUGUCUGUUUACAUUCAUUGCCAUAGAUACUGUAGAUAACGCCAUUUAUAGACUUAACACUGACCAUCAUCUGAGGACUCUUAAAAGUCAGGAACACACUACUGGGUCCAAUCAUUUACAACGUACCUUUUCAAUUUCUUUGGUUUGCAGACAAACCAUUUUCAAUUUUGAUUAUAGUGUUGUUUUGUAUUUUGUCUGUGAUUCCAGAAUUCUAUAAUACUGUACUAACGUGUCAUGUAUGCCAACAGACCAACUACUAAUGUUACACAUUAAUAAUUUAUAUUAAAUGUUACUCGGUCAUUAAAAAUGUUUUUGCCCAAAAAUUCAGGUUCUUGUCUUGUACCUCUCAACAUGUCACGUUAAAAACAUUUUGUUGUCCUAAAGAAUGUGCAGCGUCACCAGAUUUAAAUGUGAAAUGUAAUUUUGUCAGCAGGUUUUUGAUGAAUCAUCGUUGCAAAAGCGGAACAUCAAUGGCAUAUCUAGAAAUCUCUGAUACUGUAUGUUAUCUUUGAAGAUAGAGGUUUAUCAAAGGUCUUGUAGAUGACGUCAGGAAGUCAUGAACUUUAAAGAUGCAGAAUAUUUAAUAAAUGGAAUUUUCAUUUA